AUGGAGUUUGAGAAGGCGUGGGAGGACAGGAACCCGCGGAAAGCCUAUGCUCUACUAAGCAGCAAAAUGAAAAGGUGUUCUCCUGUGCUCAACACUGCCAAUGGAGUUGCUGUCGGCGAAGCAACCCUUCCAAUUUGGAAGGAACACUUCAAGACUUUGCUGAACCGGCUAGCACCGUCAGCUCCUGAACUCGAACACGUUCAUAGACCGACAUAUGCGGUUAACGAGGAGCCACCGGGUCGGAGGUCCUGCCGCGUUCGACUCUCCUCGCCGGGGACGUCUUCUCAACUCACCGAUGGAGUACCAGAAAAAUUCGUUCGCUUGCUUGAUGACAUGAAUCAACGAACAACUGCUGCAGUUCGAACAUCAGCCGGAUGUACAACACCGUUUGAAGUGGUAACUGGAGUAAGACAAGGGGCAGUGGCAGGACCUUUCCUGUUCAAUUUCGCAAUCGACGACAUUAUGCGAAGAACAAUCGACAGGUGUCCUGCCGACAUUGUCUUAGCACCAUCAGGUUAA